AGAUGAGACCGCGCGGGUCGACACUAUUUUAAAAUUUGCCCGGAGUAGGACGGCGCUAUCCGUUCUAGAAGUGCGAUCCGUCCGAUUAUUAAAUCCAAGCGAUCGAACGGCGUCGAGCGUCGCGAUUUUCCACGCCGAAAUCGGCGUCAAAGCCCCCGCGGGACGGGCAGCUCGCGUGCCGUAAACACACCAGUGAAAGUCGGACCGUGCGUGCGGUUUGAAUGUUUUUUUCGCGUUUUGCGUUGUUACGGUGUAAAGUCGUUUUCGACGAGAGUUCCGUGGCGCGUCGGGCUUUCGCGAUUCCCGGCGCUGACAGUCCCGACGGGAAUAAACUUCGACCUACACUUGACAAUGGGGGGCAUGGUCUCUACCCAGAGCAUCGUCGACAACCUCACGGGCUACGUCACCGGCCGAAAACGUAAACAUUCGGAAUCGGAGGAGGACGAGGAGAGCAAAGUGAUCGAGAUCGCUUUGCACACCCCCAAAAAGAAAAAACUGCUCUGCACCGCCAAGUACAUAUACCAGGCGUUGUUUUUGGAAGGGAAAAAUUCCGACGUCACCGUGUGGGCGUUAGGGAAGGAGCAUCACCUGCACCGGGUGUACUUGUGCCAGAGUCCGUACUUUGCGAGCAUGUUCGGCGGCUCGUGGCUCGAGACCACCCAGAAGUACAUCAAUAUCGACGUGGUAGACCCCCUGAUCACCCUCGACUCGUUGCAGGUGGUUUUCGGUUCGCUGUACAACUCGGACGUCGCCCUCAACCCGUUGGAAAUCGUGCCGAUCCUCGCGACCGCCACCAUGUUCCAACUUGAAGGUCUGAUCGAGCAUUGCGCGGAAGUGAUGCUCGAGACCAUCAACCCGAAAACCGCGUUGGACUACUACAACGCCGCGUGUCAGUACGGCGACAAGAAACUGCAAGAGGCGUGCUUCAAGUGGUUCCUCGUCAACCUGAUGCCGCACUACUUCAGCCGCUCCCACUCCGAGCUGAGGACUAUCCCCGUGUCGCUCAUGACGAAGCUCGUCGCUCAUCCGGACCUCUUCGUCAUACAAACCGAGUAUUCGAUCUACGUCAUGCUCAAGUAUUGGAUGUUUCUGAUCAAGCGGGGCGACGAGGGCGACGAUCCGACAGUGUCGACCGUCAACGAGUACUUUUGUUCAAGGACGGACAAAACCCCGUACCUAUACUCGCCGGAGGGGCGCGAGUUCGUGCCGGUGUUCCAAGGGCUGCGCCUGCCCAACCUCAUCUCGCACCAGCUCGACGUGUUGCUCAUCCUGCGCGACAACAUCGUCCCCAAGUCGUGGCUGCACCCGGUCGUGCUGCAGCAGUGGCGCAACGUGCUCCGGGUGAACCAGAACGACGACAAGGGCCCCGCCAACGUCUCCGACGAGGUGUUCCUGGCGGAGAGCCUGCGCUGCGGCCGCAUCGUCACCUCGAAGGAGCGCCACGUGUGGCGUUGGACGGGCUUCCACUUCGGCACCGACCUGCUGAUGAUCACCGACGGCUCGACGCUCUCCGUCAAGCGCAAUCAUCGCUCCGAGUUCGAGCAGCUGCUCAGCUUCCAGCAGACGCGCCACGUGGCCCUGCGGGUGACGGUCGUGCGUCUCAACGAGCAACGUCAGAUCGUCUUCUCGAUGCAGUCGCCGGUGCUGAAGAUGAGCCUCGCCAAGGGCGAGGAGGUGCAGAUCAUGUCGUUCGCGCCCGGGCUCGAGUACCCCACCAUCAUAUCGGCCAAUAUUAUGUACGUGUCGCCGGAGGCGGAGCCGGCGGGGGACGCAGAGCGGGCGGAGGAGGCGUGAGUCGUGGGUACCGACGACGUCCACGAUAUAUAAAUAUAUUUUUUUACGCGUUUAUUUUUUUCGUCUAGUCAGAUGUACAGCUAACCGACGGCGUGAGCGAAUAAAUCUGUUUGCCCCGCCCCCAGUAUUCUACGCGUUUAAUCUCUCUUUUUUAUACCCGCGCGUGCCUUUAUAAGUUUCGGUCGUUUAUAGAUAUAUAUAUGGGAAUUAUGUAUUUAGUCUUAAGUUUUCGUUUGGAGAGCCGUUAAACCAAUAAAGGCGGAUAUAACCCGAUCCUACCGACUGCGCCGAACGGCAAUGAAACCCCCCGCCCAAACUCGAACGGUUUAUUAUACACAUCUAUUUAUAAGACACGGGCCGAUCAUUUCAUCUUCUUCAGCUUGAGCAGGUGGUCGCGGAGCGCGAUCUGGUUGUCCAAACGGUAUUUCCUACGGUGCCACGGUUUUCCGGAAUCCUUUUUAUAGACAGACGACAUUUGACUAUUAUUAUGAGACCGAGUACUGAACAUUGCUCGAGUGGUGAACAUCUACGCAGGACAAAUUGAAAACCCGGAACAUAUCCUUUUUCUGACUUUCUGAAGCUGACUUCUUAAGGCGCCUCUCGAUCUUGUGUGGCUCUAAAAAGUGCGUGCACGUCGAGAUUUGUUCAAUGCCUUAUGUUUUUUUGCCAAGAGUGUUUUUCCUUCCGAUGCGUCAUUUUCUUUCAAUCUUUCCUUCCAUUGUAAGUUUUGAGAAGUGGUAAUUGGAAUUUCGAAAAAUAUGUGACCCAGAUAGGCAUUUUUUCUUUUUUAUUAUUGGCAAUAAUUGUCUUUCUCCGUCCAGUUUAGUCCGCGGUUGCUUAGUAAAGUUCUCAUAUUAAUGAAUGAUGUUCUGGCUUGCUCGAUCCUGCUACAUAUCUCUAAGUGUGGAUCUAGAUCUUCAGCUAUCCAACUAUCGAAAUAUCAGAACUUUGUGACUAGGAUGUUCUUGUUUGUUUACUCUUGUAUUUAAUUGCAUGUUUUGUGUUCUGUUAACCGCCAUUACCUUCGUCUUGCCUAUAUUGAUCUUCAAAUAUGACGUCAGUAAAUUGCCUAUUAGCAGGGCCAACCCCAAAUAAGAAGAAGUAGAAAAUAUGGCGUAAAUUCCUGUCCUACUCUCGCGGAUGCCAUUUGAUUCAUGUAGAGGUUCUUUACGAUUUU